AUGAACAUUCAAGACGAGGCUGGCUUUCGCUCAAUCCUCCAUCAUAAGUACUGUACAGGUAUUCAAAUAACACAUCAUUGCAUCGGCAAGGCGAAUGGACUCCAUUGGAGGGAAAGGUGGGAUAGUAUCAAACAAUCAAGCCAGAAAAUAAAGAUUUGUACCUGCUUCGCCACUAUAGACAUCCUGCUUCCCUCGCCUUGUACAAAUUCGAGCAGAUAUUCAAGACAAUCUUCACAAUAA